AUGGAUUAUCUCAAAGAACUGGCUGAAAUGGGAUUCAUCCAGGUAAAUGAGGUUGAUUGUGAGGGGCAGCCUAAGUUUAUUCAUAUCCAUUACUCAGUGCGGAUAUGGAUCAUCUCCGAGGCAAAAGAUAUGAUGACCUCAGUGUGCAAAAUGGAGGACGCAAGGUGGCUCGAGGAAGGAAGGCGUCUAAUAAUCCACGGAAACAUCCUUGACGAUUACACUUUCCGGGUAAGACGCCAUUUCUAUAACUAUCUUCGAUCCUUCAUCACAAUUCAAUUCACAGAACCAUUAUCCAAGGACUUGUUGAUGCAGCUGUCAUCCUUUAAGUUACUAAAAAUACUUGAUCUUGGUGGUACACUAAAUUUGGAAGAAAUUCCGAAAGAAAUUUUCCACUUAUUUUACCUCACAUAUUUGCGGUUGGCUGCAACAAGAAUUAAAGUUGUCCCAAAAUCUAUCAAAAAGCUUAGAAAUCUCGAGUAUUUAGACCUGAGUGAGACAAAUAAGAAUCCAACACAUUCCUCAGGUGAAUUUCCUGUGAUUCCAAGAGUGACGGGGAUGGAGAAGGUGAAAUCUAAUCCUGAAAACAAAAAUUUAAGCUGCUGA